GUGAUCUGUACCAAGAUGCAAAUCAUGACAAACUCCACCCAGUUCUCAUACUUCAUCCUCGGUGCUUUCUUCAACUCUGGUCUGUUGAGAUACUUGUUCUUCACGCUGGUCCUGUCCUUGUACUUGUUGAUCCUUUGUGCCAACGUGCUGCUGAUUGUAGUUAUCUGUAUGAACAGAAGUCUCCAUGAACCUAUGUACGUGUUCCUGUGCAGCCUGUUUGUAAAUGAACUGUAUGGCAGCACAGGGUUGUUUCCUCUCCUCCUGCUCCAGAUUCUCUCAGACGUUCACACUGUUUCUCGUCCUCUCUGUUUCCUGCAGAUCUUCUGUGUUUAUACUUUUGGAAGUGUCGAAUUUACUAAUUUAGCCGUGAUGUCUUAUGACCGAUACCUGGCCAUCUGUUGUCCUCUGCAGUACAACACACGUAUGACGUCUCAGAAAGUGGCCUUCCUCAUUGCAGUUGUGUGGUUGCCUCCUUGUGCUGCUGUUUUUGUCACGACUUCUCUGACUUGGUCUUUACAGCUGUGUGGAAACAUCAUUAACAAAGUCUACUGUGAUAACUACUCCAUCAUUAAACUGGCCUGUUAUGAUACCAGAGUCAAUAACGUCUAUGAACUUGUUGCUGUUUGUCUCACAGUCUGUGUUCCUGUGUCUGCGAGUCUUUACUUCUACGUGAGGAUUCUAAAGGUUUGUUUCUCUGGUUGUAAACAGACGAGACAAAAGGCCGUCAGCACCUGCACCCCCCACCUGGCCUCGCUGCUCAACUUCUCCUUCGGGGUUUUCUUUGAAGUAUUACAGAGCAGGUUCAAUAUGAGCACUUUACCUCAUGUGUUGAGAAUAUUUUUAUCUUUGUAUUUCCUCACAUGUCAGCCGCUCUUUAACUCCAUCAUGUACGGACUGAAUCUGUCCAAAAUCCGCCUGCUGUGUAAGACUCUGCUCUUCAGUCCCUCCAGCAAAAGUGUUUGA